UUGAGACCGAGGAGCAGCUCCAGCAGCACUUGGACACCAACCAUUUUGAGAAAGAGUUCUAUCAGUGUGAUUUUUGCAAGCAAAUUUUCACUAACCUAGAAGUGUGCAAGACUCACGUCGAAGCGCACAGGCAACAGGCGAAACGACAUUUGUGCCUUAAAUGUGGCGCUAGUUUUCGCCUUCGGAACUCACUGCUCCGUCACCUGGAGUGGCACAGCAGAGGCAUCUUCUCCUGUGCGGACUGUGAGCGGACCUUCUCCAGCAAGGCUUCUUUGUUACGCCACAGUUUCUCUCACUUGGGCGUCUUACCGUAUACGUGUCUAAAGUGCAAACGUCAUUUCCGUUUGCCUUCUCUCUACCACAACCACGAGUGUAAGCCAGAGAACAUCCAGUGCAUGGCGUGUUUGGUUUUCUUUCAAAGUCAGGAGGACUUUGAUAAGCAUAAGAAGGAUACGGGAUGCUGGGGUCAUCAAGGGGCUUUGCCUAGCAAGACAGAUGAGAUCCGCUGCAUGGAAUGUGGCCAGGUCUUUGUAAGCAUUGAGGAAUUAAAGAAGCAUGGAAGCACCCACCAGAGAGUGCUAAAGUGUGCUGAAUGUGGGAUGGGUUUCCGGUCAUCACUCAUGCUUAUGUCACAUAUGGGAGGGCAUGCGGGACAGCGGCCGUGUUUCUGCCAGGACUGUGGCAUGGGCUUCCCACAUCAACAGGGUUAUGACAGCCACCUGAAGACAUGUGGAGUGGUGACACCACCAGUGGCUGCUGUGAAGAAACCCAAACCAAAAGCGACUCCCUCUCAGCCAAUAAUGCAACCAAUUACUCCUAAUAUAAUCAUCCAAACUAUUGCUCAGGCCUCAGCGCCUGCCACAUUCCCCAGUAGCUUAAAGGAAGUCCACAUGGUUCCAUUCGGUGACAAGAAUAAGACUGCUGAUGGUAGGUGGAAACUUACUUUAAAUAAACAGCCUCCUCCAGGUAUGCCUUUAGUCAUGCUUGUGCCAGUUUCCAGUGCACAGUACUCAUCUACCUCAGAUCCUACCAAGAGCUCCCAAAACUUUUUACCAUCCUCGCUGGUCUUAGAAACACCCUCAUCUGCUCCACGUGUCGUUGCCAUGCCUGUGGUCCCAUCCGGCACUGUCAUUAGUAAAGAAGCAGAGAAAGACACUGUAGAGCCCUGCAGAACCAGAACCAGCGUUCCUUCAAACACACUCAUUCCUGUGCAAAGUCAAGACAGUGCCUCAAAGAAGAGGUGGACUGUUUUAGAAGAUCAGGGUUCUGGUCAAGUGUUUGGUACAGAAGAUGUAAAAGCAGGGGAAGAGGCUGCAGGUGUAGGAGUAGCAAAUCAGGGAGUGAACAUUACUGCUCAAGUAGAAGUGGAGAAUGAGGAGAAAACUCAGAAGACUAAUGGAUUGGGUGUUGAAAAAACAGUUCCAGGGAGUUCAUCAGAUGUUGCAUCUCUCACUCCUGCAUGCCCCAUGACACCAUUAUGUCUAAUAAAGGUAAAGGAGAAGAAGGAUGAUGGUGACAUCAUUGAGAAUACAUCAUCAGAUUUGAAAGACCUCGACGACUCCACUGUAAUGGCAGGAGCAGAAGUUUGUGUCCCUUUAAAGAGAAAAGCAGAAAAGCAAACACUGGAUUCCUCUCAAACAGGCUCUCAUAACCUAGUUUCUGGUUCUUCAGAAAUUACUUACCACAAAAAGGCCAGUAAAGAUCAGAGAUUUUACAAAGAAGUUGUGUCAUCUGACAGGAUGUGGGCAGAGUCGAAGAUGGAAUUUACCAUGACGGGGGACAAAUCAGAAAACUGUCCGCAGGGGCAAAACGAAUCCGGUUUCGAUGUGGAGGUUGAAAUUAUUGAAGAUGUGGAAUCGAGCAGCAUGGAAGUGGAAAUCGGGGAUGAAGACAGCGGAGUGGACAUGUUGGAUGGUGAACUUCAUGAAUGUGUGACUUGUGGACAAGUCCUUCCUGAAAAGGAUAUGAUACAGCACUACAUGAAGCAUGCGGCUGAUACCGACAGUCCCGAAAUUUCUCCUGUUAACUCAGCCACUCACACUACAGAACAAUCCCCUCCAUGUAGUCCAUCAAGAAAAAGACUACGAUCUGGAACAGAGUUGUGACCCUUAGUUUAAGAGUAUUUUGUUUUGUUUUAAUUUUUAUAUUGAUUUGCAGUUAUUGAUAUUGCACAGUCUUUACUUCCAUUCCGUUUCCUUGGGAUCACAAUCAUUUUUACCGAAUAGAAAUUUGGGAAAGAUUAGUGUUUGUUAAAACCAAGUGUGUUUUGAAAGUGUUCCACUUUUGACAUUUCUUUCACAGGAUCUUAUUACAUUUUCACAUUGUCCUGUAAGAUACAAUAAAUGUAGAUUGGAAAAUUGGAAAAAUGCGUUCUUUUGUUAAUUGUUGUAUAUGUGAUCCUGGACCACAAAGCCGGUCUUAAGUCGCUGGGGUAUAUUUGUAGCAAUAGCCAA